AGUUGCCGAAGUCCCUGAUCCACGCGCUAAUGAACAGUUGUGACAGAACAAUAUUUAUAUAAGAUUUUAUAAAUCAUUAGGGAUUUCUCCUUACAUUACAUUAUUUUUACAUCGACGUUCAAUAAACGUCAAGGACACGAGCCCACUAAAUAUGACGGAGGAAGAGAACUCCUUUGAGAAGCUGGAAAAGGAGACCCAGGAGGUUCUUAAUGAACUUGGUAGAGACAAACAUCUAGAAAAAUUUCGCAUUGAAUAUGAAAAACUGACCAAGGCCUUAAAAAAGUCCCAUGAGAAUGAGAAGAGACUUAUGACAAAAUGCAGGGAGUUAAAUGCAGAAAUAGCAUCCAACUCUGUCAAAAUCAACACGGCACUGAAGUUAUCCCAAGAAGAUCAAACCACUAUAAAUUCCCUGAAACAGGAAAUAGAGAAAGCGUGGGAAAUGCUAGAUGCUGCUCACAAGAAGGAACUAAUUGCAGACGAAACCAUUCAGAAUUUAAAGUAUGAUGUCACCAACUUGACAAAAAUUGUGCAGCAAGGAGAAGGUUUCGCCACAGGACAGGAGCAUAGUAUGAAUGAUUUGCUGAAAAUCAAAGAUGAUCUCACCAAGGAGAGGGAUGAACUCCUUGCGGAAGUGGUGAAUUUACGGGAGAAUCUCACCAAGGCCACCAUCAAUCAAGAAGAGACGGAAGGCUCGAAAGAGAAGGCCUUGGAAACCAUAUCGCAGCUUCAGCAGGACAUCCAAGUGUGCCAGAACGAGUGUUCCCGCGAGAGCCGCAGGAAAGAGAAGUUAGAGAAGGAAGUUGCACAGCUGCACGCUGACCUGGAUGCCAGGCAGACGGACAUCAGAGCGCUGAAUCUGCAGAUCCAACGCAGCAAUGACGAGCAGCAGAGGCUUGAGCAACAGCUGCGAGAGCAGAAGAUUCUCAAUGAGAGAGCCGCAAAGGAACUCGAGCAACUGCAUAUAAGAAAUGGGAAGCUCCAGCAAGAGAACGAGCAGAAUGCUCUGAGCAUGGAACAGCUGUCCCUGGAGAACCAACAAAGGGCAUCAGAUCUAAAGAUGAAAGAGGAGGAGGUAAAUCAGAUGCGUCAGGAGAUAUCCAAACUAAUGAAGAUGAGGGAAGCCCUCCAGAGGAGAGUGCGACAGGCGGAAGAGCAGAAACUGGACAUAGAGCAACAGCGAGAAACGCUUAAAAACCAGAUAACUGGGCUGGAAAAAGAAAUGGAAUCUGCUAAAAAACAGCUGGAAAUUGACAAGAAAGCCAUGGAUGAGUUGGUGAGAGAAAGAGAUAUCCUGAACAAGAACAUGAUCAAGGCCACUAAUGCUACUGAGAGGCAGCUAAGUCUGGUGAAGGUCCAUGAGCAGUCAAAGAAGAAUCUCAACCAGGAGAUCGUGAACUACAGGGAGGAAGCUCAGAAACAACGGAAGAUCAUCUACCAGCUGGAGAAGGAGCGAGACCGCUACAUUAAUGAAGCUAGCGAUCUCACACAAAAGGUUCUACAAAACAUGGAAGACAUUAAAGUAAGAGAAAUGCAGAUCUUUGACUACAAGAAAAAGAUAGCUGAAGCUGAAACGAAGCUGAAACAGCAACAGAACCUCUAUGAGGCAGUGCGGUCCGACAAGAACCUCUACAGUAAGACCCUCCUGGAAGCUCAGGAUGAGAUCACUGAAAUGAAGCAGAAACUGAAGACCAUGAAUCAUCAAAUGGAUCAGUUGAAAGAGGAGAUCACUGGAAAGGAAUCCGCUCUUAUACGAGAACACACUGAAUUCCAGCGAGUGGAAAAAGAAAACGAAACACUCAAGGCAGAACUCACUAAGAUGAAACAGCUAGCCCAGGAGACAAAGCAGUUCAUUGACAACCAGGAGGCAGAGGAGAGAAAGCUGCUGAAGAUCAUAGCUGAUGCUGACGCUAAAAGGGUCCGACAGAAGAAGGAAUUGGAUCAGGUAAUCGGCGAGCGAGAUAUUCUGGGAACACAGUUGGUGCGGCGCAAUGACGAACUGGCACUUUUGUAUGAGAAGAUUAAGAUUCAACAGUCCUUGCUGAACAAGGGGGAGAACCAGUACAAUCAAAGGAUUGAAGACAUCAGACUAUUAAAGAUGGAGAUUAAGAAACUGAGACGAGAGAAAGGCAUCUUAGUCAAAACUGUGGCCAAUGUCGAUGAUCUCAGACGAGAAGUGUACCACAUGCAGAGGGAACUCCUCAAAGAGCGAACGAGAUGCAGAGCUUUGGAGGAGGAACUAGAAAAUCCUAUGAAUAUACAUCGUUGGAGAAAGUUGGAGGCCAGUGACCCGAACACCUAUGAGCUGAUCCAGAAGAUUCACUCCUUACAGAAGCGUCUGAUAACAAAGAGUGAAGAAGUGGUUGAAAAAGAGCUUUUAUUACAGGAGAAGGAGAAGCUGUAUGUGGAGCUGAAGCACAUUCUGGCCAGGCGGCCUGGUCCAGAGGCUGCGGAGCAGCUUCAGAUCUACCAGCAGACACUGAGGGAGAAGACCAAGCAGCUCAAGGCUUUGUCAUCGGAGUUAAGCAUGUACGAAUCACAAACACAGGAGUACAAGUGUGACAUGGAGAGACUGGCUCACGAGCUGCAGAAUGUGAAGAAGAAGUACCUCAUUCAGAAACGCAAGGAGCAGCAAUCCAGGGAGAAUAUGCGGUCUCUCGCUCAUGUGGGACAGUCUGCAAUUCAGCCUCAGCGGAUGGAGGGCCCACGCUUCACAGGGGGGGGCUUCAACCUCAGGCAGCCUGAGAAAAUUACGGCAUAGAUCUAAUACCUUGUGCCCCAUGCUGUUCCGUCAAAUUAAAUCCAUCUCUUUCGUAUCUGCAAGGACAAAUUGGUGUGACUAAUUUUUUGGUUGGAAUGAAACACGGAUGGAAUUUUAAACUUCCCAAAUGAUUCUGAUGAUUUUUUUAGUAUAUAUAUAUAUAUAGUCUUAACUUUUUGGUUUAGAAGUGAAUUUUGAGUCAGAAAUGGUCAAUGUCAGUUGACACAAAUAAAGAACCAGGUUAUUUGCCCCACUUUAACCUACAUUACCCUGAUUAAAAAUAAGUUUCUGAUGCAAUUUCAGCAUUUCUGCAAUUUUUAUGUUAGAAUGUGAGAAGGAAAGAUUUUUAUUGUACGAUUCCUAAUUUUAAUUCUCUAAUACGUGCCAUGCUGAUAUCUUGGGCAUUUCCCCACAGCACAGCUCACAGAUCUCUCUUCUUUUAUUCCAUUUUUUUUAUUUAUUUAUACAACUGCUUUGAAUUUUCAGAUGCAUGUCACUGCUGAACCUAUUUUAAACUCUUGAACUCAUAGUGUUUGGGUCAAGCUCCUAAAUUAACAUGCAGGCCCCAAAACAUAAAAUAAUCUC